GGAUAUACAUAAAAUAUCAUCGAACGGUUCAUAACAAACAAUAGAAACUAAUCAUACCUGAUCCUCAAAGACAAAGUUAUACAAACCACAAAGACACCAACCUCCGUUCAAAAAAAAAAAAAAAAAAGACACGAACAGUGUUUUCCGGUUGGAAAAGAUGUCGUUCUGCUCGUCUCUUUCACCUCCACCGUCUCUGUCUCUCUUAUCAAAAUCCAAGCCCUUCAACGGAGACAACAAAGCGGCCGGCGUCAUAGUCAGCUCUCGUAUCAGGGGUUCUGCCGACGUACCUGAUUACUUAUCUGCUGAUUGGCUUGAAUCUCGUAGGAAGAGACCUUUUGGCCCAAGGCUGAAUUUUAGUGCAGAAGAAGCUGUGCAGUACCAGCUUGAUGCAUUGAAGUACAAUGAUCAACCGCGUCCAGAUUAUGGAAUCGAGGUUAUGUACAGGUUUGCUGGAUUUGAUCCUUUUGAGAGAUCAACUUAUUUUGGACCCUUCUUUGAUUUGGGGCAGUUUGAAAGGUUUAGGCGGAUUUUUCACCAUUCAACCUAUCGAGUAUUGCUUGGUCACAAGGAGAGAAAAAUCUUAAGCAGUUUGCUGGUGAAAGAGAAUCGAUUUAAGCAGCGGGUUUGGGUACAAGGAAAUCGCCCAGAGGAGGAAGAAAUAUUUCAAUUUACCAUGGUUCAGAGAGUUGGUGGUUCAUGGGAUGGUUAUUGGCUAACAGAGUCUCUACUUAACGAUGGCAAUGCUUUUGCUGGUGGUUUGGCCUACUAAGCUGCAAAUGCAGAUGGGAAUGAAAUGUUGAAUUACUUCCUCACAUUUUGAAUAUUUUUAUUGUUUCCCUAUUCAAGCCUCAGAAUUGUACAUAUUGUAAUAAAACGUUGUCAUGAUGGAACUCUGAUAGAAUAAGUUUAAGUUGUAUAUAUUGUUCUAUAGGAUAAGGGAAUAAAUACAUGAUCGUCUCCAUUGGUA